CGUGUCUUUUUACUAUUGCUUUUGCAGAAUCAGCGUAAGUAUGCCUUUUAUAUUUCGUAAAUUAUGCAUUCAAAUUCUGCUUGGCUGGUUUUGGAGUUUUCCCCGCCUCCUUGAUCUGAUCUUUGCUGUACUUUGUGCUCUGCGAUCGAUUGCCUCGUUCGUUUUCCAAAGCAAGCUCGUUUAACCCCACAAAAUCGAUCGCUCUUCGAUAAGCAGUGUAUAACUGUGAAAUAUUUCGAGGUCAUGAAGAUGGAAUUGCAAAGGAAAAUCGCGUUUGUGCUGGGUGAGUCAAUCGUUUCUUGUUUCCGUGUGUUGAGCUGUCUGACAAUUGAGCUGAGGUGGAGCAUUUUUUAAUGUACAUCCGAUGCCUAAUAUUGAAUUGCAACUGAAAUUUUCGCUUCAGUCACAGCACAUUCGACCUUUUUUCCCCUUGUUAGAUCUCGAUGAUAUAAUUGCAGGUUCAAUUCUGCUAAUUUCGUGCCGACCUAUAUAACAUCACUCGUGUGUGUUUAAGGUAAAUUAAGCGUAAUAAACCAUUAUGACAUGCUUCAGAGAACCUCACGGACUCGUGCCUUUUGGAGAAAGUUUCGCCAGCCAGGCGUAACACUUCGCUCGCCCUUUUAAUUAAGUUCGUUUCCGCUGCUUCUGUUCCAUUUUUGGCCUUAAAAAAAAAAAAAAAGAAUCUACCGUGGUUCGAUAAUCACAUAUCUCUUGGUUUAAAACCGCGUGAUGUUCAGCGUUCUUAUAGCUUUGUUGUCGUAAUUUCUGAUCGCGUGCCAGUUCAACUGUAACACAGCUCGGCGGGAUGUUUAUUUCACGAAGUUGCAAUUUGGCAACACGAGACUCGUGCUGUCGUUUUUCCUCCUCUAUUGAACGUUUCGUGAAGAAUCUUUUUCACCGCUUUAUGCAUUCCUUCGCGUGUUUGUCUCGUAUUUGGCUUUGUUCAUGCUUGCAUGACGUGAUUUGUAAUUCGAUGCGUUCUCUGCGCGGACUUGUGUCUGUUUUACUAAUGCAAUUUCAGUACAGUAGUAUUGUUAUGUCUUUUCAUUACGUUCGAUUGAGUCAUAAUUACGCGGACGUCGUCUCACUGUGUUAUACAGUGUAGGCACUUUUGCAAUAUGCCCUUCAUGAGAUAACGCGUCAGGACAGUUUCUCUCCGGAUAUUGCUCCACCUAAAAAAUAGAUGUGUCAUAGCAUUUAGCCUAAGUGGCUUUUGAGGUCUUUGAAUUUUCUCUAUUGUUCUGAAUGGAUCUUAUAUAUUUACCCUUGUAUUUACCCUUUGAGCUGUAUGUUAUAUUGUGGUGAUUUUUUAGUCUUACCACCCUGUAUUGUAAGAUAUCAAAACCAGAAACUAAUUCCCGUUCUUGAUCAACAUUUUUUGGGUUGAUCUCCCGAGAGUCGCCCGAGGUCUGGUUUCUUUCUCAGCUUUUUGUCAGGCUACAAUAAUUCGUCAGUUGGACUGAUUGCUUUGACUGGGGCAAGUGUUAUUCUUUUGUGGGUUAAAUCUUACCUUUUUAAUCUCAAGUCAAUCAUUGAGACGUAAGAAUGAAGUAAUUCUAUAAACUUGUGUUACUAGACCUCUGAUGUGACCAUUUGUUCACCAGCAGCACCUUGAGGUCCUCAUAUGGGUGGGUGGGUGGUUGGUAUGCAUGUCCCUAGCCUGUCAUUUCAUUUAUUGAAGAGAAGGCUAUGUCCCUGUUGGUAUUUUACUAUUUCCCUUGCACUUUUUUUGUUGCUGUUGCUGUUUCAACCCAUGUUUAACCCUUUAAGCCCCAUUAUCUACAUACAAAUUCUCCAAACUGAUCUCUAUACAUUUAAAGAAUAAUUAGAGAGAACUUGAUAAUAGAUCAAGGCAUUUUCUCUUGUGUGAUCAUUUUAUUAAUUCUUAUAACUUAUCUUUUGACAGUGUAUGGAUAUUGUUUGGAGAAAUUUGAUCUUGGUCACUUUUGGGACUUGAAGGGUUAAGUGAUUUGUCACCAAUUUUCAGCAGCUGUCUUGUGUUGCUUUUAGAAUUUUAACCUAACAAGAUCUCAAAUGAAACCUCUUCAUAAGUACGUUCCCUCGUUAUUAGUUUUUUGUUAUGCAGUUCUGACUUUUGAGUCCAUAUGUGGACAAAUGUUCUAUGUUGUGACCUUGCAUUAAUGUGCAUCUAUUUGGAAUAAAGUGUAACCUUUAGUGUCUUUAAAGAGCACUUGAGUCUGAAAAAUUGAUUUGUUUGAUUCAUCGAUUUCGGGUUAAUAAAAAUUUUAGGGUAAUUCAUUCAUUUCAUCUUUGGUACUCUUAAAUUUAAAAAGGAAAUAAGAAAGUGCAGUUCUAUGAUGAAAUCUUGUAACCUUGUGAAACAAACCAGAUUAUAAAUUCUAAACUAAAAGCAUUAGGAUCAAUCAAAAUUGCCAAAGUAACCAUUAUUAUUGUUUUUAGUAUUAUCAUCAUCAUCAUUAUUAUUAGUAUAACUAUUUUUAUCUAACCUGCAACUGUAUCAUGGCUUGAAGGAGAGACCUUCUUACUGCGUGUCAAAUAUUCCUUAUAACCCACAAACAAUAGCAUUUAUGGGGCAUGGUUUUGUGAGUGUUGUUAUCCAGUGAUCAGUGAUCCCUUUAGAAUUUUUUAAAACUUUGCAUAUGGUACUUUGUUAGACUGCUUGUGACAAGGUUUAUAAUAAAUGAAGUUAAGGGUUAGGACUGCCCCAGAAGUAAAAUUAAUGUAAUUUGAGAUAAACAGUAGGGUGGUCAAUGCCAGACUGAUUUAUUGUAUCUUAUUGGUUCUCAACAAAUGUCCCACAAAGUCGGUUUAAGUGAAGGUUAAUUUAAACUGUGACUUGGGGCAUGCAGUUCUUUGUCCUUUUUUUUGACUUAUGGACUAUAAAGUGACUAACCAUUUGCAGAUGUCAGAACAUGAAGGCAGCAAUCCUCAGUUAUUUAUUAUAAGACCCUGAGUGUUGAUCAUCAUGGGCCUAUUGUUCCACGGUAACUUAACUUACUUAUCCCUAUAAGAUAUCAGGGUAGUAGAGUACCACAAACCCAAAGAAGGGCACCCCAUGUUGACUUCAUGGUCAGUUUUUCUCACUAACUUUCAUGUUUGUGUGUUUUUUUUUCAAAACCUUUAUUGAUAAGGUUAUCGUCACCAUUGGCAAGAAACUAUAUAUGGACAACUCAUUCAAGAUAGUUUCUUUCCAUUUCUAGGGUACAGGUUUGAUAAAAAUCUUACAGGGCACUAACUUGGGGCUACAAGGAAAAAUACCAUUUCUUAAGGAAGUUACUUGUUCUACAGAACCAGUGGACUACUGCAUUGAGAGUAAGUGUCACUUAUAGUAACAGGGACAGCAGAGUUAUGGGGGGCUUGGGGUCUUAACCAGUGGCGUGGCAUGAGAUUUUGAAGGUAUACGCACGGGAAAAAAAGUUGGAGCAGCCUCACUAGGGGGUCUAGGGGCAAUUAUACUCCUCCAGUAAAUAUUUAAAUCUACUGGGUCUCAAAAAAGUCAUUUCCGGCGUUUUGAGCAUGAAAUUUUUGGUAAAUUAAUGCAAAUGAAAAUGUAGUAGUUAGUUGUUUAUUUUACCCACCUCUAGUGUUUUCAGUGUUCCUGGGAAAAAGGGAGUAAAACAGUGCCGACAAUAAGGAGGUUACAAGCAAAUGGAGAGACAUCUACCAUUCAUACCAGCAAAGACACCAAUAUAAUGCAAAAAAUUGAUCAGUCGUGCUGAUUUAACACUCAAAAUGCUUUCAGGAAAUGAAAAAAAAGAUAUUUUUUCCAGAAUUCAGCUGUACACGCUGGCGUAAUGUGCAAACAAAGGUAAUAUGGCUUCGAGUGGAGGAGUGGGGAGAGGUGGGAUGGGAAGGGAUUAAGAAAGGGGAGAAUUGUAGUCCCCUGGCCACUAGCAAGUGGGGGGGUCAAGGGGUAGGGGAACCUGGUAGAAUGGGGGGUGUGAGGGUACAGAAGGCAGGAGAGGAAAGGGUGGGGAGCAAUCAGGGAGAAUAAACAGGCAACAAUGCUUAAGACGGAAUCCAUCAUGAAAUUGAGUAAUUUUAAUUUUCAGUGGCAAAAACCUUGUACCAGAUUAAUUUACAGAAUAUUGCAUUCUCUUUUACAUUUUCCAAGGGCUAAAGAAGUACCAGUAAUUAGUCAUCAGUAAUAACACCAAAGAAAAUUUUCCAUAGGAGUCAGAGAAAAAUAAUAAAUGUCAAAUUUCACCAUAAUUGUGUAAACACUGGAAAAAUUGUCAAAAUUUCAUGUGUAAGACGUAAUGUUAUGAAAUUUGACAUUCAUCUUCUCAGGCUCCCAUCAGAAAUUUUCUUCAGUGUUACUACAGAUGACUAGUUACAUCUUUAGCCCUUGAAUAAUGGAAAAAGAAUGUGAUAUUCUUAUUCUGGUUCAAGGUUUUUGUCCACUGAAAGUUAAAAUUACUCAAUUUCCUGGUGGAUUCCGUGUUAAUAUGUCACAAUAAAAAGAAGGUUCUCUGAAAGGACAUCUGUCUCUUUGCCCCACCCCCCACUGGGCAGCGAGGCAAGAGAGACAACAGGGUGGGGUGAAGAGAUAGAUGACAUUUCAGACUAAAGUAGAGGUUAUAGAGAGCAAGAAUGCAAGGUCCAGGAGGCGGGAGACUCGGCCCUCCAUGCCCCCCCCACUUGCAAGACUGUUGCACUGUCACAAUGAUCAUAUGUAUUAAAAGUGACAUUGGAUUGGUCUUUCAAUUGCGUGCUUAUCCAAUAUUAAAGAUUAUUUAUAUAACACAGAAUGGCCAUAAUUUAUCCCGUUUCCUGUUUUCUUUGCUCUUUCCAAGAAAAUCAAUAAAUUUUGAUAAUAAUUUAUCACCCUUUUUAGAGUGCUCAAGGUAUUUACACUCCCAGCUAAUUUGCUACAUCUGCAAGACAAAGAAAUUAGAGAGGGCUGUCAAAACCAAGGAUGUUCUAUGUUCCUCUCUUGCUGAUAAGCUAGAUGUUAUGAAGGAAGACAAGAAAUUUAGGGUUACGUCAACAGACAUGAGCAAGAACCGGAUGAAUGAAAACGAUUACAAGGUGGGAGGGGAUAGUGGGGAAUAUAACCGUUGCAAUGGCACAAAUGAACCAGACCGUAUUCGAGACGCGAGCAGUGACAAUGCAUCCAACGAAGAGCAAAUUUUCAAGGCAAAGUUUGAAAGUACAGAAAAAGAGUUGAAGAAAGUUAAAGAGGACCUGAAUAAAACAACUACUGAGAAAUCUAAGGUAAGUUUUUUAGAGAAGCUGGGAAGACGCAUCCGUCAGGUUCUAACAAAUUUUGCUUAAUAACAAAACUGAUGAAAAGAAAGCAAACUUCAGGGGCACCCAAGGAGAAUAUAGUUUAAAAACACUUAAACAUAGCAUUGUUAAACGUAUUUUAGUAUUUAAACGGUAGAUAUAGGCAUAUUUAUACACCCUAAAAAUUUUUCUUCUGUCCGGAUUUCCUAAGUUUAGUGAUCCGAAAAUUAUAGGGAUCAAAACUUACCUUUUUGAAAAUUUCAGCCAGGAAAAAGGUUCCCGAAAAUUCUAGGUGACCCUUUUAAGGUAGCCUGAAUUUCAUCCGAUUACUUCGAGUCAUUAUUAUUACUCCCUCAGUAACGACGUUACUGAGGGAGUAAUAACGACUCGAAGUAAUCGGAUGAAAUUCAGGCUACUUUUAGGGUAAAAAUCGGUUAAAAAUAGACAAUUAUACCAUUUUUUAGAUGUUCGUAAAUCCUAGGAGAGGCAGGCAAGCAAGAAAUGUUACAACAAAUGUUUCGAAAAUUCUAGAUCUCAAAUCGUCUUCCGAACAGAUAUUUUCCGAAAAUUGACGUUGGGUUCGAUUGGGUGCCCCUGAAACUUCACUUAUUUUUUAUUUGUUAGUUUUAAAACGAUGCACUAUUUGACACUUGUAAAUGGUAAUGAUAAAUUGCAUCCACAAAUUUUUAGACACGUGUUUAAUGACUCCCAGGUCGUUUGAUUUUAUAAACUAAAUUUAUAAGGCAGUACUUUCAGGGGCACCCAACGAGGAUAUAGUUCAAAACCACUUAACAUAGCAUUGUUGAACGUAUUUUAGCAUUCACACGGUAGAUAUAGGCAUAUUUUUAUCCCCUAAAAACUUUUCAUCUUUUCGGAUUUCCUAGCUGAAAAUCUAGUGAUCCGAAAAUCAUAGGGAUAAAAACUUACCUUCUCGAAAAUUUCAGCCAGGAAAAGGCUCCCGAAAAUUCUAGGUAGCCUUUUUUAGGGUCAACAUCCGUUGAUCAUGAAAAUGGGUAAAUAUACCAUUUUGUAGAUGUUCGAAAAUCCUAGGAGAGGCAGGCAAGCAAGAAAUUUUACAACAAAUGUUCCGAAAAAUUUAGAUCUCAAAUCGUCUUCCGAACAGAUAUUUUCCGAAAAUUGCCGUUGGGUGCCCCUGUACUUUUAGUACCAGUUUUCAACAUUUGGAUUUAAGUAGCUUUUCCGGUUGCCAGUGACGCUAGCUUCGAAACAGGAUUACCACCCGCUCUUUUUGUGUAGCGGACUGUGCUUCCGGUCCUUCAGAGCCUCAUGCCCGGGCUCCAUUUACUUCCCGCUCCCUUUCAGAGCUUGCGAAACUCAGAAAAUAGAGUAGUUUUCUUAGUAGAUCAACUUCGCCUUUAUUAUUGACAAAACGAACUUUUUUCCAUUUAAAGUUUUGUAUGAUGUUCAUGUUUCUGAACGCUUAUUAUAGUUAGAGGAGAACUUGAGGGACUUGCAAGAAAGUCACGCGAAGGAGGAAAACGCGUUACGCACUCAAAUUACCAAGCUUCAACAAGAAAGAAGGCAGUUACAAGAGGCCAUUACCCAGUACCAGACGAACGAACAAACACAGAAACAGGAGUUCGAUCAAGUGCUGUUUCGCGCGCAAGAAAUGCACGAAAUGCUUGAACGAGAAACUCACGAAAAGUUUGUUUCCAUUGCUGAGCAAAAGUCUCUGAGGCAACAGGUCGAGAAUCUGUCCAAGAACAUGAAAUCGUUACAAGUGAGUUUAGUUUGUCACUUGACCCACCGUCCCAAGCAAGGACACUUCAAAACAAACAAACAAACAAACAAAUAAACAGCAACAAUAACAAAACAGCAAGAACAAUAAUGGUACCGGCACUUUGACACUGAAUCAAACCUCAAAAAAAAUGUACUGAACUUAUAGAAUACUAUUAUAACUUAAUAUUGGAAAAGAGUCAUAGAUAUCUUAAAAGAAACAGACGUUUCGGGUGUACUUUACGAUGAAACAGGGUAAAUAUAUAAAUAUAAUUUAAUUCCAGUCUGGUGAAAUUACCUUCUAUAGAAGCCUAAACAAAAGAAACAUAGAAAGUUGUAUAGAGAACUGUGAAUUUCAACGCGAUUAUGCGAGUGUAGAUGGUAAAUCUCGAGUCUAAGUUAUCGUUUCUAAAGAUUUCCGGCGAAGAUUUAGGUGUUAGUUUAAUCAGCCAAUUUUUGUGCUGUACUGCCUACACCAGAGUAUGCUGAGUAAGUUAAUCGUUUCUGACCAUGUUUUUGUUAGGUGAAAAGUGAGGAAUUUGUUCGUUUUCACUGUGAUCAAGAAGACCAGAUUGACGACUACAAGAGACUAAAGAAGAUGAUCCAUGAUAAUGGCUUGCCAAGUAUUGAACAGAUGAUUGCACUGCAAAGACAGGUAAAUGAAUGCUUGCCACGCACCUCCUUUUUAGGCGGUAUUGUCUCCUGCGAAGUUAGUCUUGCGUGUCGUAAAAUGGACAGCGUAUCUUGCUUAGUCCCUGUCCGGCGUCUUCCCAGGCUUAUUGGUCAAUGCAUUUUUCGGUGACAUAUCCGAGACGAAGGCUCGUUAUCGGACCACGCGAUCCGAAACGCGUCGGGCGCGCUUAAUAAUGACGCCUAGGGACUAGGCAACUGCAUGUGAGGGAUUGCACCAUUAAUGUGAGGGAUUCCACCAUUCUGAGAUGCUGUCCAUUUAUCAUGCCACCAGAUAAGCGUUAGAUAAAGUUUUCAAUUUUCUGGGAGCAGUAAAUCUACGGUUCUCUACUCACUGUCUUAAUUGGCGUAAAUUGUGUACCUGUUAGCACAGUUAGUGAAUAAUAUGUUAAAUAAUCGACUUAAGAAAGUUAUAUAGCUACAAGAAUCUCCUGUUUUUGAGUUGUACCGGUCUCAUGUAAUCAACGAAGCCGCGUUUCGUCCCGGUCUCAUGUAAACGACUGCACAAAUUACAAAUUCGUAUCGGCCUAAGUUCGUCCCGGUCUCAUGUAUAAUAACCCCCUUACUCGAAAUCUGUCGAUCUGUCCAUGUGCGGUUUACGUGAUAUUAUCGCACAGGAGUGAAUAUCCCGGAUAAUAAAACAAACAAAUCGACUGCGCAUGCUUCUGAUCGGACAUCCCACAAAUUUUGGCCUUUUCCUGCUAUUGUAGAGAAUAGUGUGCUGGCUCGCAUAGGGCUCGCCAGCAACUAAAUAAAAUAGUAGCAUGUUAAAGUACCAUGGAAGAGGUUUCAUUGGAUGGUCACACCGUAAGAUCCACAGCUUAGAGGCACAGUUGAUACCUCCAUCAUAACGGACUUCUAAGUGAAAGAGAUUCCUUAUUAUUAUAUGAUUUACAGAAUGAACAAUACCGUGAAGAAUUUCUGAACGAAAGGAAAGAAAAGGAGAGACUGCUUUCUUUAAAAGACAAACUGAAGCGAGACUUGGAGAACGCACAGUCCAGAAUCUCCUCUCUACAAGAGCAGGUACGUCUUACCCUCUCUUCAGUAGAAUGUGAAUGCGGUAUAGCCCCAACAAAAUUUAAUAGGCAUGUAAUAUGUUAAGACGAAAGAUCAAUCGAGCAAGUCAGUACUCAAAGAAGUUUAAAUCGCGUGGGCCCUAGGGAAACCCACCUCGAAUAGCUUUAAUAGCUGCAAACAGUCACAGAAUUUGUAAUGAUACCCUAAAAGUUUCAAUGUCUGUUGUUGUUGCCUGCUGUUGUCGGUUGGUUGAAGUCUCCGAAUAAAAUUUGGUACAAGGAUCAGCUCUUUUCCGGUAUAUGAUCAAGAAGACGUGCCCGUCUUAAGUUAUCAGUAUCUGUCAUAAACCAUUUCAUUUGCCUUACCAGGUGUACAAGUACAGGGAACAUAUCUUCUUCCUGCAGCAGAAGUUCAAACAGGAUGGAAGCAGCCCGCAGCCAAGCUCCCCGAUGUUCGAUACACAGAGCAGUUCGCACGGAAACAGUCUCAGUCGACUGUACGGCAGUACUGCCACCCAGUAUAUCAAUGAGAUGUUACUUCAGGGAGCUGCUCAUUCCAAAUUCUCCACGGGAGGACUUCCCGAGGGGAAAAGGCCGGGCCCUGGAAAGCAGGGAGACGGAGGGAAACAAUGGCAAUAUCAGCAGGUUAGAAUAAAACCGUACUUGAGUCAUGCUCGUUCCCAGUGUCCUCUCUCGGUACGGGGGACGAGCAGAGGGGACCCUGGGAACGAGGUUUUAGUUGAGUUACCUUACGUCACUGCCCAACUUCUUGUUCGAUAGCUUUCUCUUAUAUGACCACUGCACCUGCACCUGCACCUGCACCUGCACCUACCCCUUAGUCAAUGACCGUUAGGGCGCCACGGAUAUAGCAACCCUCUCCCUCCAUUUGAUUUUGUUUUUCAGCUUCUCUUACGGCGUUGCAAAACUUCAACCCUGUCCAACGCUUCUUUUGUCGGCCCCUUCUCCCUCCUUGCACUGUUCCUUGUAUAAUUGUCUUGGCAAGCCUAAUGAUCUUGAUACAUGCCCAAACCACUUUAACUUGCGUUUCUUUACUGUGGUUAAGAUAUCAUCAUAGGGCCCAAUGGUUUGCCCGAUUCUGUCUGACUGCAUCGUUAGUGAUGUGAUCUCUGUAUGAGAUGCCAAGCAAUUUCCUAAAGCAUCUCAUCUCAGUGGUCUGCAAUUUCCUCAGAAUGUCCGCUGUCAAUGUCCAGGUUUCGCUGGCAUACAAUAGUACUGAGAUAACUAGGGAGCGCAUUAGUCGGAUCUUUGAGCUUAGAGAGAUAUGUUUAUCGUAUGACCACUACUGGAUUUUACACUUCCCACUACUUAAGCUGUCUUUGGAGACCUCUGUCAUGCCCACUGAACUUAAACAAGCCGUAAUUCGUCCUUUGUUGAAAAAGCCGAGUCUUGAUUAUCAAGAAUUUACGAACUUUCUGCCGAUCUCUAACCUCACCUUCUUGUCCAAAGUCAUUGAGAAAGUAGUGGCUUUGCAGCUUGUUGACUGCAUUGACAACAAUGGUCUGUGUGAAGUCUUUCAGUCUGCCUACCGUGCUCACCAUAGCACCGAAACGGCUCUUCUCAGAGUCUACAAUGACAUUGCUAUGUCCAUUGACAAUCAAAAAUCUGUUGUUUUGGUUCUACUGGACCUGUCUGCUGCUUUUGAUACAGUUGAUCAUUCUCUUCUCCUUGCUAGACUAUCUACCCGUUUUGGCAUUUGUGACCAGGCACUGGACUGGUUUCGUUCAUAUCUAUCUGAUCGCACUCAGUAUGUCAGAAUCCAAGAUGUCUCUUCUGAUGUGCAUGCCUUACCUUAUGGUGUACCUCAGGGUUCCUUGUUGGGCCCCUUGCUGUAUUCUUUUUACACUUCCCCCUUGGGUGAUAUUGCAAGAUCUCAUGGUCUAUCUUAUCACUUUUAUGCUGAUGAUACACAGCUAUAUUUAUCUUUUGAAACGUCAUCGCCUGAUUGUCAACAUGUACAUCUGCUCUUGAAGAUUGUGUUAAAGAUAUUGACCUUUAAAUGUUAAAUAACAAGCUGAAGCUGAACAGUGGGAAGACUGAAAUUAUAGUUUUUUCAUCCUCCUAUCGCCCACGCCCUGCGUUAAAAAACCUGGUGAUUGCCUCUGACACUGUUGACUGUUCAACUACUGCUAAAAAUAUUGGGGUUAUUUUUAAGAACUCUCUCUCAAGCCUUAUACACCUAGUAGACUUCUUAGAUCCUCCAAUCAAUUUUUACUUUCUACAUCUAAAUUUAACCUUAAAACUUAUGGUGGCCGGUCUUUUACUAUUGCUGCACCUUCUGUUUGGAAUGCACUUCCAUUCGAACUUAGAUCUUGUAAUUCCCUUUCUUCUUUUAAAUCUAAGCUCAAGACUUGGCUUUUUAAAAUUGGUUAUGAUGUUGUCGUAUAGAAUGAUGAUGUUUUUAUAGGAUGACAAUGUAGUUUUGUAGGUUUAGGAUUUUGUUGUUAUUUUUAUUACGUAAAGCGCUUUUAGACCAUUGGGAAUUUUUAUAGAAUGACAAUGUAGUUUUGUAGGUUUAGGAUUUUGUUGUUAUUUUUAUUAUGUAAAGCGCUUUUGGACCAUUGGGAAUUAGCGCUCUAUAAAUACUGUAUAUUAUUAUUAUUAUAUUAUUAUUCACACUACUAGAUUUUAAACACACGCUCAACUUCAGGUAGGGUUUGAUGCUGAAAUUUAACUAGAAAAACUGAUCGGAAAUCUAAUAAGUAAAACAUUUAAAUACCCAACUUUGUAAUUGUGUUUUCAAAUGGCCCAACGUUCUUUGUUAUGUUUCCAAAGGCGACACAUAAAUUAGGGUGAGGCAAUGUUGUUAACUGACUAUGCUGCUUGAUCUUUUCUUUAAUAAAAAUGCCAAAUGCGAGGAAACGGAUGCGCCAGAGCCGGUCAACGCCAUUGCCUACUGAAGACGUACAUUGACCGGACGAAACGCCGCGAUCAGUACUUAAAAGAACUGAGACUAACGAAUUAGAAAACUAAAAGUCUUCAGUAUUGACUGUUGUCGAGUUUUUUUUUUUAAAGUCUGGUUAAUUUUCAGGGUGGUUACGGUCGGUAUGGCCGGCAGAUGUCCGCUGAGGAUUGGAAGCGAAGCCCAACCCAAGCUCAACCUUGGGACAACUUUUACGGGUCGAACCAGUCUCCUAGUGGUAGGCUGCCCUCGGCAAGCAGCAUCUCCUCCGCUCGUUCAAGUUCCAGUUCGUCCGAAGAAAUUCCUGUUGAGGGUCAAAUGGAUGGUCGAGCACCAUUUGGGAUGGGUGGUUUGGGUGGAAGACGGCAAGGGCUCGCUCUGCAGGCUUACCUGAUAAAGCUGUCGAUGAGUCGCGUGGCAUGCCACAGAAUUAUGGGUAAAUCCACAACAAUCACUUCAUAUGCUGUAACGUUAUAAUAUGUCUAACGCUUGGAGGCAGAUCUUUAACGACAACUGUUAACAUGAGGCUCCUACUGUCACGUAAAGAAUCGUGACCUAAGAAGCUACCAUUUCACUUCUUAUGAGCCCUUGUGAGGGAUCUCCGUUUUUUUUUUUUAAAAAUACUUCAAAAUAGAUCGAAAAUACCGGGUGAGGAGCUUUCAGGUAUAUUUUGUUACUUUUUCUGCGGAGAGUAGCGGCCCAUCACCAUAAAGAUCUCAUCUUUUAUGUUAGGGCUGGAUCUUAUGGUGCUGUAUAGAUUAGAUUUACCUUUGGCACACAAAACCUCUCUGCUAAUUAAAACACAAUAGGCGCCCCAUGUAUGGCAAUCCAGAUUCCGGAAUCCGGGAAAUUUUUGCUAAUGGAAGGUGGAAUUGUGGGCUAUGGAAUCCGGAAUUCAGCUCUAGAAAUCCGGAAUCCAACGAACG